GGACAGUAACCCACAAACCAAUCAAAGAUUAAAGUUCCACACGAACGGCAACGUUCUAUCUAAAUUGUUACUUGAAACAACAAUUAAGGAAUAAAUUUUAAAUUGCUUAUCGCUUUGACCUUCAUCGUAUUACGGCAGGCACGCUGUACUACAGUCGUACACAGCAACAGUAAUCGAACAAGAACCCUCGUGUCUUCGUUUCAAAGGCAAAAUGAGUGCAGAAGUACAAAAAAUCCUAAAACAGGCCGACGCCGUGUGCUUCGACGUCGACUCCACAGUGAUACAAGAAGAAGGCAUCGAUGAACUCGCCAAAUUUUGCAACAAAGGCGAGGAAGUCGCCGCUUUAACAGCCAAAGCCAUGUCGGGGUCUAUGACAUUCCAAGAGUCCCUUAAGGUCCGCCUGGGGAUUAUACAACCAACGUUGACGCAAAUACGGGAUUUCGUGAAAAUCAAACCUCCAACUCUUACACCAGGGGUCAAAAAACUGAUAAACUUGUUGCACAGUCGCAACGUUCCAGUGUUUCUCAUUUCAGGGGGGUUUAAGUCGAUAAUUGCGCCGAUUGCCGCACAAUUGAAUAUUCCCGUCGACCAUAUUUUUGCAAACAGGCUGAAAUUUUAUUACACAGGGGAGUAUGCCGGAUUUGACGAAAACGAGCCGACGUCGAGAACUGGUGGAAAGGCAGUCGUUAUUGAAUUUCUCAAGACGCAAUAUAAUUAUCAGAAGGUCGUUCUUAUAGGUGAUGGAGCCACGGACUUGGAAGCUGCGCCCCCAGCUGACGCAUUUAUUGGUUAUGGCGGGAACGUUAUCAGACCGAUAGUUCAAGCGAAAGCGAAGUGGUUUGUUACUGAUUUCAAUGAAAUAAUCGAUGUUUUAAACCAUUGAUCUGAUAUUGUUAAUUAAAGAAGAGAUUAUAAAUGCGUUAUGCAA